AUGAGGAUUGUGCUGCUGGGAAAAACAGGAUGGGGCAAAAGCAGUGCAGGAAACACCAUCUUUGGAGGAGGAGAYGAAGAGUUCAAGAUAAACAGUUCAGCCAAGUCCGAAACACACAUGUGUGAAACAAAGACCAAGAUCAUCAAUGGAAGAAAAAUCACAGUUGUAGACACACCUGGACUCUUUGACACAAACAUCCCUGAAGAGGAGCUGAAACCUGAACUAGUGAAAUGUAUUGUAGAGUGUUCUUCAGGGCCACAUGCCUUUCUCAUUGUGCUUAAAGUGGAAAAGUACACAGUCCUCGAGAAAGGAGUCAUCACAGAAAUUGAGAAUUAUUUAACCCCAGAGAACUUUAAAUAUGCUACAGUCCUCUUCACUCAUGGGGACCAGCUCAACAAUAUGACAAUUAAGGAUUUUGUGAAAACUAAUGAGAAACUGAGUGAGCUUGUGGAAAAAUGUGGAGGCCGCUGUCACGUCAUUGACAACAAAUACUGGAACACCAGUCAGCAGGGUCAGUACAGGAACAACCAGUACCAAGUAGCAGAGCUACUCAACACCAUAGAGAAGACAGUGAGACAGAACGGAGGAGGAUGCUACACCAACAAGUUGCUCCAAGCAGUGAAGAGACGAAUACAAGCAGAGAUAAAGAGGCUUAUAAAAAAGUUCAAGAGCCUGAUGUCUGUGGAAGACAUUGCAAAGACAAAUCACUGCAAGAAGAAACAGCAGCUGGAGGAGCAGGAGGAGCAGCAGCACUACUAA